CGCGAACAACACACGCACUCAAUAAAUAACAGCAAUAGUCCAUCCGUUUACACAACAGUAGACCGUGACGCAUAUAGACACACCAGUCGACAGCAGACGUUCUAGGCCGAGCAAUGGAUGUGUCGCAGCGACAAACCUUAGAUGUGUUGGCAAUCAUUUUACUCAUCAUAAUGGUCUUUAAACCUACUCUGGGACAGGAUACUGCCGUCGUUCGCUUCGCCUGCGAAUAUCCUACCUGCAAAUGUAGGCAGCUCACUGAGACACACGUCAGUUUUAUUAUGGAAUGCACAACAUCAUGGUCAGAUGCGGUUAUCCUGCCAAGAAACCAGUCUACGAAUAUUGUACAGUUAUCAGUGCAAUGUUCGGAAAACGCAAAUCCGCUGACGUUGCUAGAGAGAUUACGGUACGAUUUGUUGUAUGUACGGUCCCUAACGUUGGAGAACUGUGAAACAGCCCUGAAUGACAUCGUCGCAGCAGGGAAGUUUCAUAAUUUAGUAAAUCUUACGUUGAAAGGUGCACGUGCAGAUCUUUCUGACGCUGACACAUUAAAUGCAGGUCUGGCUAGCCUUGGUGAGCUUACGUUUCUAAAUAUAUUGAAUUCGUCUAUCAAAGAAAUGCCAUCGUUGUGUUCUCAAACGGAACUGGUCUCUCUAAAUGUGUCUGGAAACGUGCUGUCGUCAGUGGGCAGCCCAUAUCAGAAGUGUACAUCAUCGACUAAGCAGACGAAGCUGAGAGUUCUGGACUUAAGCAGAAACAAAGUCACGAGACUGGAAUCAUGGCUAGGUCAAGGCACAUCUCUCACGGAUUUACAUCUGAGCUCCAAUCUUUUUGAUGAAAACGAUUUUGCCGUGCUUGUCAAUUUGAGUGACCUCACAUCGUUGGACAUGUCAAACAAUUUGUUAACAGCCUUACCCGUUGGUUCAUUUACACACAAUCUGGGCUUGCGCAGACUUAACGUGUCUAGGAACUCCAUCACAGUCCUCCAGAGCGGUUCGAUCACUGGUCCGUCCCGUCUAGAAUCGCUCGACCUGUCGCAUAACUCUCUCUCAGUUAUUCAAGAUGGAGCAUUGGCAGAGUUGCGGCAUCUCAAGAGGCUAUAUUUGGGAUUUAACUCCCUGAGUUCCCUUCCAUUUAGCAUUUUUGAUCAGCUUGCGUCCUUGAAGAUUCUGCAUGUCAUGAAUAACAGCAUUGUGGACGUACCGUCAUUCAGCCAUCUCCAGUCUCUGCUGGCUCUGAACCUGAAGAAUAAUCAAAUACAGAGAUUACAAAGAGACGCGUUCUCGUCUUUAACACUGUUACAAGCAAUUGGUUUGAGUGGAAACGCGCUAACCACCAUGGAGUUAGCAACGUUUGAUUUUUCAGAAAGUCUUUUUAUUAUCGACCUAUCCUACAAUAACAUUAGCUCUCUAGUCGACGGUGUGAAUUCCAGAAGAACGCUGUCAAAGAUAGCAAAGGUAUCGUACCUUCGACUGGAUUUCAACAAGAUAGACGACAUCUCUAUCAUUGGGAAACGCUUUCUCAAUUUGAAGUAUUUGUUUCUUGACAACAAUCACGUAACAACUAUCCGCAAACGUAACCUGCCACGGUUGCUGAAGAUACUCACGUUAUCGGACAACAACAUCACCAGAAUUGCGGCCAUGACUUUUAAAUUUAUGAAAAACCUCGAACUUGUAACCCUUCAAAGAAACUACCCAUACCUGUCACAAUUAAGAUGGUCGUCAGUUCAAGUAUACUCCAAGCAGGAGUCGAAGCCGAAGUUCUACAUCGGUGGCAAUUUGUUCAUGUGUGACUGUAACAUGGCCUAUUUGAAAGCCUGGAAUCAGGCGCGAAACCGAAUUCCCGCUCUAAAACUGAAUUAUCCCAACUUCUCAGACAUGCAGGAUGUUUACUGUAUUUCAUUAUACGACAAAGAGGCGACCAGUUUCCGCGAGGUUCCCAUGUCUCAUUUUGUAUGCGAGUAUAUGUUCGGCAGACACUGUCCAUUCGGAUGCAAAUGCUGCCUCAAACCUAAUUGCACGUGCGAUUACACCUGCCCCGUGCAGUGCUCUUGUUAUCAGGGAGGGACUCUCUGGACCAAUGAUGUUUACGACAGGAUUCAUUGUGACAACAGAUUGCUGACGGAGGUCCCAGAGAACAUCCCUCUCUCAGCCACUCACCUCUAUCUAAAUGACAAUGAAAUGCUGUCCUUAACGUCUGGAAGAUUCUCCGGUUUGUCAGAGGUGAGACAUCUCUAUUUAAAUAACAGUGGGGUCACACAUAUCGGUCAUGGUGUCUUCAGUGGAAUGGAUAAGCUUGAAGGUUUGUUUCUAAACCACAAUAUGAUAUUCGAACUGUUAAACGGUUCGUUUAAUGGGCUACGGAAAUUAAAAGAAUUGCACCUGGAAAACAACAGAAUUUCUUACAUAGAGGAGAACACAUUUAGUAUGUUAAUAAAUCUAAAAUUCCUUUCUCUGGAGAACAAUCUCCUAACCACAUUAUCUGCAGGUGUAUUUAGUUCUCCAGGAAUUGCUCCUACCAUCAUGCUGCUUGGAAAUCCCUGGUCGUGUGAAUGUCAGUCAAUGGUAACAUUAAAAGAGUUUAUGAAACAACACGGCUCAUUGGUGGAAAGAGCAAGCGACCUGCGAUGCUAUUGGUUAUCCACUGACACGUCGAAUGAAAGCGGCCAUCUUCAGAAUUACACCGAAGACUAUGACUUGCAUAUCAACCAAGCGGGCAGUAUUCCCGUCUUGCAGUACGAGUACGACUCGAUUUGUUCCAACACGGCUACCGUCAACGUGUCCGUCCAACACGUCGUGUUCUUAAAUGACGGCAAAUAUGUCGCAGCCCUCGUUAUUCUGAUUAUCAUAAUCGUGGUCUCAUUGGCUACGUCUGCGCUGGCGUAUUGGAAACGAAAAGAGCUCCAGGCCUGGAUCUUCGUUCGGUUCGGGUUGAGGAUCGUGAACAAAAAUAAAAACAUCAACGAAGCGGGUCGAAAAUACGACGCAUUCGUGUCCUACAGCAGCAAGGACGAGCACGUAGUCGUGCACGAAUUGGCGCCAAAACUAGAAGGGGGAGAGAACCCUUACAGACUGUGUUUACAUUACAGAGAUUUCCCGGUCGGCGACUGCAUUGCCGAUACCAUUAUCAACAGCAUCGAAGCCAGUAAAAGGACUUUAAUGCUCAUUUCGGAAAAUUUCCUAACCAGCGAAUGGUGCAGAUACGAGUUCCAAACAGCACAUCAUCACAUUUUAAAGGAGAACACUCACAGACUCAUCAUGGUUCUGUUGGAGGAUUUGGAUCUGGAAAAAGUAGAUCCGGACCUGAGGGUUCACCUAAAAAUCGGAAACUUUCUGAAAUAUAACGACCCGUGGUUUUGGGAGAAACUAUACUUUGCAUUACCUGAUCGUCAGGUAGAUAAGGUUGACCACAACGUGGUAAUAGUGGAUGGAAAUAUCGGUGGUGUGGGUGAUGAUGAUGAUGAUGUUUUCUACACUGAAGCUCAAAUAAAUGAUGUGAAUCUCGCGAAAGAACGAUUGCGCGAUGAACAUAGAGUUUAGGAUUCAAUACUGUAAACAAUGCCUGUUCAAAACAAGGAAGGAAGGAAAUGUUUUAUUUAACGACACACUCAACACAUUUUAUUUACGGUUAUAUGGCGUCAGACAUAUGGUUAAGGACCACACAGAUACCAAGAGAGGAAACUCGC